AUGGAGUGCAGAGGUUUGGCUCAACUUCACGAUCAGCCUUAUCCUCGCAUCUUCUCCAUCGAGGUGAUUAAACACAAAGUUGAGGAAUACGAGCGGAAGGGUUGGUGGUGGAGUGGAGGUGGUCAGGUGCAUGUAGUCCACUUCUCCACACUCAACUUCUGUGCGAGAGGACUCCCUAACGUUGUGUCCGGCAAUGCUAAGCAGCACAGUUGUACUGGCACAGAACUAACGGCAGUCAAUUGA